AUGGUAGAAGACAGAUUUGUCACCAAGCAGGUCCUAUCUGGUUGUGGUGUCUACGAUGGCACAGAAAUCCACGAGGCCUCAGCCAUACUGGUACACCUUAGUCGUGGGGGAGCUGAGGUUCAGAUGUAUGCUCCAGAUGUUCCACAGAUGCAUGUCAUUGACCACAGUAAAGGGCAACCAGCUGAAGCUGAGUCAAGGAACGUUUUAGUGGAAUCUGCAAGGAUUGCUCGUGGUAAAAUUGCAAGCCUGGCUAAGCUCACUACAGCAGACCAUGAUGCUGUGAUAUUCCCUGGUGGAUUUGGAGCUGCUAAAAACUUAUCUACCUUUGCUGUUGAUGGGAAAGAUUGCAAGGUGAACAGAGAAGUUGAACGUGUCUUGAAAGACUUCCACAAAGCAGGCAAACCUAUUGGUCUUUGCUGCAUUUCACCAGUGUUGGCAGCAAAGGUUCUCUCUGGUGCAGAAGUAACUGUGGGCCAUGAAGAAGAAGAAGGUGGCAAGUGGCCUUAUGCUGGGACUGCAGGAGCCAUUAAAGAACUGGGAGGAAAGCAUUGUGUGAAAGAAGUAACUGAAGCUCAUGUGGAUACAAAGAACAAGGUGGUGACUACCCCAGCAUUUAUGUGUGAAACAGAAUUACAUAAUAUCUUUGAUGGCAUUGGGGCCAUGGUAAAGAACGUGCUAAAGUUAACUGGCAAAUAAAAAAA